UAUUUAUUUAUUUGUCGAUAUUUUAUUUUUGGACCUUUUCUUUUUCCUUUUCUACUUGUCCCGUCACUCCAAUUCAAGCCUCACAUUUCUCUCUGAUACAAAUGACUGCCACAACAGCCACUAUCCCCGUCCGGUCCGACCGUAUCUCAGCCGGUUCACCAUUCCCUAGACCACCACCGGUUCAUCAACUCAGAAAACCGAUCCUAACCGAACCUUGGCGUACUGCGCCUUUACAAAGACGGUGGAGGCACGCGUCAACGAGGAGAAGCGUAGUAGGUCCAGUUCACGCGAGUUCACGAGCUGAUGACUCAGCACCGUUUGAGAUGUCGGUAGAAAACGCGCUCAAGUUGUUAGGUGUAUCAGAAGGUGCUUCCUUCGAUGAUAUACUACGCGCCAAAAACUCUAUUGUUGCUUCUUGUAAAGAUGACCAAGAAACCAUUUCUCAGGUAGAGGCUGCAUAUGAUAUGUUACUUAUGCAGAGGCUAACCCAGCGGCGAGCAGGAAAAGUAGUGAACAGCAAUGUUCGUUAUGCUGAUGUAAAGCGUGUUCAGUCCCAGGUUAAUGGUUCAAUGCCUCAAUGGAUGCAAUCCACCAUGAAGAAUUCACCAGUUUCAAUUGAGUCACCUUCCACCAGUGAUUUGGGUUUACAAGCUGGAGUGUAUGGUGCACUGAUGGGUUUAACCUAUAUUAGUGGUUCUUCUAUGCCCCCUGCAGGUUAUGCCGGGGCCGAUGUUCCGGGACUUAUAUUGGCUGGUAGCUUUGGAGCUUCCCUGUACUUUAUGACAAAAAAGAAUGUUAAGUUAGGAAAGGCAACUGUUAUUACUAUAGGAGGGCUCAUAGCUGGCGCUGUUGUAGGUUCAGUUGUAGAGAACUGGUUGCAGGUAGAUAUUGUCCCAUUUCUAGGCAUACACUCUCCUGCUGCUGUUGUUAGUGAAGUUAUAAUUUUCUCUCAAUUCUUGGUUUCUCUGUACUUAAGGUAGACGGAAAAACAUGGUGCUCUUUAUAUUAAAAUGUUAAAUUUGUAAUUAUUCAUUUGCAUGAUCAUGUCCAAGGUUGACAGGGAAGGCUACUGUCAUAUAUAACCAUAUAGCUGCCUCUGUGGCAGUGUUUUCGGUAUAGAAUUGGUUGCAGUAGUAAAUAUCCCAUUUUUGGGCAAUAUGCUUCCCUGUUGAUGUUGUUAGUGAAAUCAUAAUUAUCGCUCCAUGCUAGUUUUCACUGUACUUAAGGUAGACAGCAAAACAUGUCAAUCUUGUAUCAAAAGCAAACAUGGCAAUCUUGUAUCAAAAGCUGAAACUUGUAAUUUUCCAUUUACAUGCAGCAUGGUCUCACCACGAGCAUUUUUAGGAUGUAAAAUUCAUCGCAUAUUGUACAAAAUAUUGAAUAAAAUGCAGUUGUUUAUCUGGGGAAA